AUACCUUGGUAACCUACAUGUAUGAGUUCAGUUCUAUUUUCCAAUCAUCGAGCAUCGUUUGAAAAAUGUACAAAGGUUUGUGCUUAUUUUUGUUACUAACGCUUAUCGCCGGAAUAAACGGCGAUGUGGUCAAGUUGAAAACUGGAUCGAUCAAUGGAACCACUGCACAAUGGAAGAAUGGACGUUUGUAUCAGCAGUUUUAUGGCAUACCUUUUGCAGAACCACCUGUUGGAGAGCUUCGAUUUAAGCCUCCGGUUCCUGUUAAACCUUGGUCCGGCAUUAGAAAUACAUCUGAACCUCCACCAAAAUGUGUCCAGCCUGAGAUAGUAUCUCCUAAUGAAACCAGAAUCAUUGGACAAGAAGAUUGUCUUUAUUUGAACGUUUUUGUACCAAAUGAGUUAUUUAAUUCUACUGGUAAAGCGCCGGUGAUGGUUGCAAUUCAUGGAGGAGCAUAUAGAUAUGGGGAUGGAGCUGGUUACCAUCCUGGUUAUUUAAUGAAUUCCGAUAUAAUCAUAGUCACGAUGAAUUAUCGAAUGGGAAUCCUAGGUUUUUUUGGGCUAAACAACGACAAAAUAAGUGGUAAUUUUGGCAUGAAAGAUCAAUCUUUAGCAUUACGUUGGGUUAAAGAGAACAUAGAAAAAUUCGGUGGUGAUCCUAAUCAAGUAACGUUAAUGGGAGAAAGUACAGGAGCUGCUUGCGUGCAUCUACACAUGUUUUCUCCUCUUAGCAAAGGCCUUUUCCAAAGAGCUAUUUUGCAAAGUGGAAGUGCUUUCUCUGUUUGGUCUCAUCACGGUGCAGGAUACGGUGAAGCUAUGUCUAGAGCUUUAUUGAUUGUCAGCGGAUGCCAACGUGAAGAUUCGAGAAAAAUUUCGAAAUGCUUGCAACGGAUACCAUUCAAAGAAUUCUACGACUUGGAAAAUAAAUUACGAAUUGCUCACGACGAACCAAGAAUCUUGUUCAAACCCAUGAUCGAAUCACAUGUCAAGAAGGGGCCCUUUUUGACCAAGAAACCCACCAAAACGUCGUAUCUAACCAAAGUUCCAUGGUUAACAGGCAUCAAUUCUGGCGAAGGUGGAAUGAAAAUUAUAAAAUACUUGAGAAAUAAUGACUCAUUGGCAAAGAUCGUGAACAAAGAAAAAAACCGUUUUCUACCACUAAUAAAUGAAUACAUAUACUCAGCAGAUCCUGAAGACAUAGAUAAUAUGACUCAAAAAAUCUCUGAUUUUUAUUUUGGUAAAGAGGAUAUAGGAACUGGAACUGCAUUGAAGUUUGUCGAUAUGAUGACAGAUUCCACUUUUUUGGUUCCUUUCGUAAAAGCUGUGCAGUCUAAUCAUAAUCGACAGUAUGUUUAUUUGUACGAUCACUAUAGAACAUUCACAUUGCCACGUUUUGCUGGUUUGACUAUGAAUCUUGGAGUUUGUCAUGCCGAUGAGCUACCGUUAUUGUUUCCAAAUAAAUAUUCUGAGAGCGACAUGACACCUCAAGAUGAGAAAAUAUCGAAGAUUUUGUUGAAUUUUUGGAGUAAUUUCAUCAUCACUGGUGACCCGAAUGGAGAUGCUAAAACGAAAGUAUGGGAAGCUAUGAAAACUAACGAUAUUGAAUAUUUGCAUAUCGAAACCGAAUCAUUAACUAUGGAGAAAAAAUUACUCAAAGAUAGAUUCGAUUUCUGGAAUGCUUUGCCCACAGGUUGGGAAUAUGACUGAGAUAAGAGCUCCUAAAGAUAACACUUUUUUUUAGUAUACCCAUACCUACAUACUCCUAUGUAUUUCUUUAUGUUAACGAAAUACCUAAUUACCUAAGUAGGUAUAUACUUAAUUGUAAUUUUAUGUGAUUUUUUUAUCCAAGAAUUUCUUCUUUAAAUACC